AUGGCGGCGGCGACGGUGGCAGAGGCACCAGAGGUCCUUCAGGAAUGCGGCUGCAAGGGCAUCCGGACCUGUCUGAUCUGCGAGAAGCAGCGCGGUGAUGAGCCACCCUGGCAGCUACCCCCGCAGAAGCCUGACCGUUUUGUGUACUGCUCCCACACGGGCUGGGCAGCUGGCGCCGAGGAGUCAGACUUUGAAGGCUGGGCUUUCCCCUUCCCGGGCGUGAUGCUGAUAGAAGACUUUGUGACCCGGGAGGAAGAAGUUGAGCUGGUACGGCUGAUGGACCGGGACCCCUGGAAGCUCUCACAGUCUGGACGGAGGAAGCAGGACUACGGCCCCAAAGUCAACUUUCGGAAACGGAAGCUGAAAGCUGCUGGCUUCAGAGGCCUGCCUAGCUUUAGCCGGGAGGUCGUGCAGAGAAUGAGCCUCUACCCCGGCCUGGAGGACUUCCGGCCUGUCGAGCAAUGUAACCUGGACUACUGCCCUGAGUGGGGCUCGGCCAUCGACCCCCAUCUGGAUGACACUUGGCUGUGGGGGGAGCGGCUGGUCAGCCUCAACCUGCUGUCCCCCACAGUGCUCUCUCUGUCUCACGAGGCACCUGGCAGCCUUCUGCUCUGUCCAGCGCCCCCAGGCUCCCUGGAGCCCUUGGUGGAAGGCGUGAUGGCCUUCAGCCGGUCCGUCCUGUGCCAGGAUGUGGAGGUGGACAUCACCUUGCCCCGCAGGUCUCUGCUUGUGCUCUCGGGUGCGGCGCGGCACGAGUGGCAGCACGCCAUCCACCGAAGACACAUCACAGCCCGCCGCAUCUGCGCCACCUUCAGGGAGCUGUCCCCCGAGUUCUGCUCCGGAGGGCGGCAACAGGACCUGGGCCAGGAACUCCUCAACAUUGCCCUCUCUUUCCAAGGCAGACCGCUCUGA